UUCACUCAAAAACAAACACCCACUUUCACAUUUGUGUUUCUAAUUGCAGAAGUUCAUCUUUCUUUUCUCAUUCACAAGAUCAUCUCUUUUUCCCAUUCUUACUUUUCUUCUAAUUACGUGAAGACAAUUCUAUAUAAGGGUUCAAAAUGACUAUCGAUGCAGAAACCGCAAGAACCAUUGUCGGGAUCAUUGGAAAUUUCAUCUCCUUUGGCCUAUUUCUUUCUCCUGGUCCAACUUUCUACAAGAUUUGGCAAGAAAAAUCAGUUCAACAUUUCAAACCAGAUCCUUAUCUUGUAACGGUGCUCAACUGCAUGAUGUGGUGCUUAUAUGGCAUGCCCUCCGUCCAUCCCGAUAGCCUCCUCGUCGUCACCAUCAAUGGCAUCGGCUUCUUCAUCGAGAUCGCCUAUGUCACUAUCUUCUUUAUCUACUCCAACACCUGGCCUAAGCGCCGAAAGAUCUUGCUCUACCUUUUCGUUGAGACCAUUUUCUUCAUUGUGAUCGUGUUCAUCACUAUGUUUUGCCUCCAUGGAACCAAGAAUAGGUCCAUGCUCGUUGGAAUUAUAUGCAUCGUCAUGAACAUUGGGAUGUACACAUCCCCCCUAACCAUCAUGAAACGUGUUAUCAAGACAAAGAGUGUCAAGUUCAUGCCGUUCUAUCUAUCAAUAGCCAACUUUGCGAAUGGCACUAUUUGGUCCAUCUAUGCUCUCAUCAAGUUUGACUCUUACGUUCUGAUCCCAAAUGGUUUGGGAGCUAUAUCUGGAUUGGUGCAGCUAAUAUUGUAUGGAUGCUAUUACAAGUCUACCAAUUGGGAUGAAGAUGACAGCUCCCACCAAUCAGAAAUGGAGCUUAACGAUGGUCCUAAUAAGGCAUAAUUCUUCCAUGCUCGUAUAAGCCACUAGGGUUUCUACACUGCAAAUGCAUGGUGUGCUAUUUUAUGUUCCGACAUCUCAACAUCAGAAUAAGAUAUAAAACAUUGUUCAGAUAGAAGAUCUGACAUGAUCUGUCACUCUUUGUGCACACGAAUAAUCCUCGAGCGUUUGCUCUUGGUUAUCGUUAUUAGUUAUUUUUGGCACACAGAGUGUUUUCGUGUGUCUUGCAAUUCGGAUCUUUUAUUUCCAAGUGAUGUUGCAUUCUCUGA